AUGGGGGAAGAUGAAGCAUCUGACCCAUAAUGUGGACCAGGCGGAACCAACAGCCUAUAAAUAUUAGAAAUGAACGUCUGGAGGGCAUUUCAUUGACACAUAAUCUGGAAGAGGAAAGAACACCACGUUCUAAUAUUAAUAAAUGGUCAUGCCACAGCUGGUUUUUAUCUUGGUGUUUCAAGCUCUUACAUCACUUCAAAUCUCAGCAGAGAAAGCAUGCCAAACAUCUGAAGUAUCAACGCUGAAGAACGAGAUUCGUAUGCUGAAUAAUAAAUUGUUGAUUGGGGAAUGGAAAGUUAUGCAUCUGCGUGCUCACCGUCGAUUCAGGCUGGCUCCCAACCUGGAAAUAUCACUGGAAUACAAGAAUACUUCUGAAAACCACACUGAACCUUCACCAACCCUACCAAGUACUGGAGGCUCAUUAUUAGUUCAUGACAAAGAUUGUACUGAGCUAUAUGACAGACUAAAACCAGGAAGCGGAUUCUACAGGAUUAAACCCAAACCGUUACUUGAACCGGUCCUUGUGUACUGCGACAUGGAUGAUGGCGCUGGCUGGACUGUGAUUCAGAAACGGAUCAAUGGGAAAGUCGAUUUCGAUAGAAAGUGGGACGAUUAUAAAAAUGGAUUUGGCAAUUUCCAGUCAAGUAAAGAUGAAUUCUGGCUUGGGAAUGAUCAUAUUCAUGCCCUGCUCAGCGAUGGUGAAAAUGUAUUGAAAAUUGAACUGAUGGACUGGAAUGGAGUGAGAUCAUAUGCCAUGUAUGGCAGCUUCAGAGUAUCAGAUGAAAAGGAUAAAUAUAGGCUGCACUACGGGAUGUACAGUGGUCAGGCGGGGGAUGCCCUGUCCGGAGGAGCCAAUAUGGUGGAGCAGUGGUCAGCCUCUCAUAAUGGCAUGCAAUUCAGCACCCGGGACCAAGAUCACGAUCGCUACCAGCAAGGAAGCUGUGCUGCAGAGAACAGGGGAGGCUGGUGGUAUAACAGAUGUCAUGCUGCCAAUCUUAAUGGGAGGUUUUACAGAGGUGGAGAGUACAAAGCCAAAUAUGAUAAUGGUGUAGUGUGGGGCACAUGGAGAGGACUGUGGUACUCUCUCAGACACACGGCCAUGAAGCUCCGGCCCAGCUCCUACAUGGACAACAUAGGGAGUGGAGGAGGACCCGUGGAGUAGCAAGGCAGCUGAACAGUCUCAUCGUGCACAUUUGUGUAUUUUACAGUGUAGUAACUGUAAGACUUACUGUAGUUUAUUGAACCUUUCUGUCAACCACAGGACUGCCAAAAUCAAGAAAGGAUCUUAUUAACUGAUCUUGGUAAAUUCAAUGAAUACAUUGGCUUAUCGUUACAAAAUAUUAUGAUUAUGAUUUGAUAUUAAUCAAAAU